AUGUCCUUUGACUCGAACUCCUCGGAUCAGUCGUUCAAUUCUAUACCAAGCUCAACCGUAUCGUUCCAUUCAAUGGACAAUCCACCAAGAGGCAAAUUUCGUCACAACGUUAGGGCAGGAGCAUUAGCCUUAGAGAGAAUACAGGAAGUAUCGGCCAAUAUCGAACAACAAAUAACGGACCGUAGACCGGUAGAGGAGCCUUUCGGUUGA